GUGUAAACGUUCUUAUUGAGGAGGUAUCGGAAUCAUUCUCAUCGAAUCUCCUCCUCCUCCACCCACCACUCUCUGUAAUCCCCCGAAGUGAGGAUUCAAUUUUUAAAAAAUUUAUCUUCGCCGCCGUGAAUUCCGUCACCGAAAUCAUUAUGUCUGAGCGGCAAGUGAUCGACGGUAUUCCGGAAUUGGCUCUUCAACAUCAGGACAAAAAGAAGAUCCAGGAAGUGAUCCACGAGCCGAGUUUCGGGAAUCAUGGUGGUUGUUGUGCAAUAUGCUUGAGUGAAAUCCCUCUUCAAGAAACUGCUAUGGUCAAAGGCUGUGAGCAUACUUACUGUGUGACGUGCAUACUUCGUUGGGCGAGUUGCAAAGAGAGUCCUACAUGCCCACAAUGUAAGAAUCCAUUUGAUUUUCUCAGUGUCCACCGGGCUCUCAAUGGCAGCAUUGAAGAUUUUCUGUUUGAGGAGAGUGUGUGCCUUCUCCUGAGAGCCUCAUGGUUUGUACCAUUGGAUGUGGUGGUGGAACAGGCAUCCUACAGCUAUGGUUACCAUGAUGAUUUUGACAUUCCUUGUGACUACGAGGAUGAUGAUGAUGACCUUGACGAGUUCUAUUUGCACGGCUCAAGUCUUCGCAUAGGAAAUCGGAGAUGGGGUGGCAAUGGUUUUGUCAGAUCCGGGCGUCGAGAAGCCAGGCCAGUUCAAAGAUCCAGUGGUUCUAGUUCCAGUUCGAGUUCUGGGUCAUCCUCAAGUGAGCCUAAGGAAAAGCAGGUGAAGACUGCAAACACAACAGGAAGACGUGCAAAGAGAGCAAUAAAGCGUGAAGCUGCUAACAAAGCAGCGGAAGUAACAGCGGCAGCAAAGCACGAGGCCCAUUUGGUUAGGUUGGGAAGGAAAUGAGUGAGCGCAUCUGUAAGUAAAUUGCACUCAAAAAGCUUCCCACCUACUUCCAUGAAUUAGUAUCAUCUGUACAGUUUUUUUAAUGUUGUGGUAAUUUUCAGUCACACCGAUGUAUAAGGUGUGGGGUUUGGAAUGGUAGAAACGACAAGAACCUUGCAGAAGUGAUAUUAUAGUACUCUGUUCAUUAAACUCUUUGGUUUUUUAAUCAUUGAUCGGAUGAAAUAUAAUUUGGCUUUUGAUUUA